AGGGGCAAAGUUACUCUUUCAGUCGGCCUUUAUUAAGAAGCAGAAGAGGAUAAGUGGAUAUUUUACUUAUCUGACCAUAAAUAUUUUCAGAUUUCCACCAUGGAUUCAAACAAGCUUAACCAAAAUGACGAUUUGGGUAACUGCCGGGUAAAAUUUGCUGUUAAUUUGGAAACACUUUCGGAGAAGAUAAGCUCCGAGAUGAAAAAUGGGUGGGAUUCUGUCAAGAAACUUGAGAAAGAAUUUGACUUCUUUGUUCCAGAAAUUUAUAGGCCCCCCAACAAUUCCACCAUAUUGGAAACUAAUCCACAACUCAGUGCGGUCAGGGAUGACUUGGAAGACUGGAUUUCUGAUAGUUAUGGGACCUUCGUAACGCAAAAAUAUGGCGACAAAUUAGCCAAUCAAGCCGUAUCUUGCGUACCUCGACUCUUUCCAAGGUAUCCCGUGGCGUCAACAGAGUUUCAGGUUUUGUGCUAUUUCUUCAUCAUGGGCGUCAUCCUGGAUGAUUAUUCCACCGACCGUGGGGAUGAAGAGGGGGCGAAUAAAAAACAAUACUCCGAGAUGGGUAGCAACACCGUCGCGGAACUUUUUGAAGCGACCGCCGGAAACGACGUGAUUGACACCAAACAUCUCACGACGAAGGCCAUGGACAUGAAAGUGUUUAAAGAACACCCGUUCUUAAUCUCGAUUGGGAACUCGAUGAAAGAGAUUUUCAUCAUUCUUCAAACCCUUAAUGGAAACCUUACUCUUGACAAAUUGUGGUCAGGGUACAAACUCAAUCUCCUUAAAACGUCGGAGUCUGCGAGGUGGACGUUCAGAAAUGAAAAUAUGGGCAAACUGGACGCAUUUUCGGAGGAUACGUGUCGCUAUUUUAGGACUAGUGCCACCGGCUUCACGGAUACGAUGUGUUACAUCAGAAUGUUAGAAGGAAUCGAGUUACCCCAAAUAAUAUCGGGACACCCCGUAUUCAUCAGAUGGCACGAUAUUGGGGAAAAGCUGGCCGGGAUCUUGAAUAAUUUGCUCGGCCUGCAAAAGGACCUCUUGCUCGGAGAGGGGGAAGCAAUUUUUUUAUACAAGCUAAGAAAAGGAACCCUUCUUAGCCACGCAGUGGACGAAGAGCUCCAACUAUUGCGGGAUUCCGUGAACGAUUACAGAGAACUUAGACGCUACGUUUUAACCGAGUUUGGAGAAAAAUACGGAAGGAUUUCCGAUUAUGUCAAAUUUAUGGAUAACAUCCUGCACGGAUCUAUAUACGUUUUCAGGGAUUCAAUCAAAUACGGAAUGACAGAGCAGAUUUGGGUGGAUUAUGAAUGAGAACCAGACGUUAAAUUCAGCAGAUUUAUGUUUGUACACUAAAUAAUCUGGUAAUAAACAUUACCGAAAAACACAAGUAUAUUACUCUACCAAACUGGUAAUAAUAAGUUGUACAGUGUGGUAAUGGCUUGGGAAUAAAGUUUUAGCCUCAUGGGAACGAAUUUUUACUAGCUGAUAAAAUA